CAGCAGCAGCACUACGACCACAUACAGCAGAAACUACAGAACAUCUGAAGAUGCGCAUAUGUCCUUACGCGGAGAUCAGCACGAGUUAAACAAAAGGAGAAAUGCUGUGAAGUAUUCGAGUAAGAGUAUGGAAGACCCUGGUGCUCUGACAGACUAGUAAAAAGAGAAGAUGGGUGAAGACAACAGGAGCACCUCCAUCGGGACAUGGACUCUCAUACACCCAUCGGGGAGCCCUCUUGACCUCAUGCCCAAUUACGACAUCCCUCUGGAUUAUGAGGUUCCGGUGGACGAGAUCCCAGACACGACCCAGGGACGAGCGUUCUUCGUGGCUACAAUUGUUAUCGCAGUGGUCCUGGUUUGCAUCAUGCUGGUGUGCGGCGUUGGGAAUUGCCUCUUUAUAGCCUCUUUGGCACGUUACAAAAAACUAAGGAAUCUCACCAAUUUACUCAUCGCCAACUUGGCAAUAUCAGACUUCCUGGUGGCGAUCGUGUGCUGUCCCUUUCUGGUGGAUUAUUACGUGGUCAAACGGCUGUCGUGGGAUCAUGGGAUUGUGCUUUGCAUCUCCAUUAACUACCUUAGGACUAUGUCUCUCUACGUGUCCACCAAUGCUCUGCUAGCCAUCGCCGUGGACAGGUACAUGGCCAUCGUUCAUCCCCUGAAGCCCCGUAUGAAAUAUCAAACAGCGUACUGGAUUAUUUUUGGGGUUUGGAUAAUCCCAAUCCUCAUCGCGGUGCCGUCUGCCUACUUCGCUACAGAGCACGAGUAUCCGCACAGCGCACUGGGCCACGACAAAAAGAUCUUCUGCGCCCAGAUCUGGUCUGCAGACCAGCAGCUCAUGUAUCGCUCCUACUUCCUCUUCAUAUUCAUCGUGGAGUUCCUGGGACCCGUGGUCACCAUGUCAAUCUGUUAUGCGCGGAUCUCCAGAGAGCUGUGGUUCAAGAACGUCCCGGGAUUUCCAACGGAGCAGCUGCGGAAGCGGCUACGGCGGCGGCGCAGGACGGUGGUGGCGCUUAUCGCGGUUCUGGUGGCGUAUGUUAUGUGCUGGGCGCCGUAUUAUAGUUUCACGCUGCUGCGCGACUUCUACCCGGCGUUGAUCACACGUGGCCGUAACUCACUGGUCGUUUUCUACAUCAUCGAGUGCAUCGCUAUGAGCAAUGGGGUUAUUAACACACUGUGUUUUGUGAGCGUCAGAAACAAUGCCGCAAAGUGCUUUGGAGCGGUCAAACUCGCUAACUGGCGCUCACUAACGAGAGCUAUUGUCGGAAAGAUGGCGGAAGAUGAUAUUAGGACUUCAUCCAUGCGAGUGACUGAGGAUGUGGAAUGUACACGAAUAAAAUGAAAUGACGAAACGGAGAAAUAAACUAGAAGGUGACACAAGACUUCAGGAGGGUCAAGAAAUGAACUCAGAGAGUCAUGAACACAUUAUUUACAAGAACAAAGAAAUUAAAAAGAUCCUUGGAGGCCAAAAUGACCUCUGCGAGAGGCUCAGGUUGCAUAACUAAAGACCAACAAUGUGGUUCAGCCAAAAGUUGUGGCAUGAAAAAUUAUACUGAUGAGAGACUGAUCUGGUUUAUGAGCAAUAUGACAGCAAGGAAAUAAGAUGUAUAUGCUGCCAGAUUAAUAUAAUUAUGCCAAAUCCACUACAGCAUUAAUUUCCCAACUGAUUAGGAAAUACAUUACAAGACGUCAACAUGCAUUAAUGCAGAUUAAUGAAGAUGUGCUAGAGGUGAUAGACCAGAAAUGAUGCUGCUGGAGAAACCUUGACUUAACAGAUCUGAACAAAAGCGCCAGAUGAAAUAUCCAGGGUCACACUUUAGUUUGAGGACCAUUUGUCAUUUUUAACUAUGACUUUUGCCUCAAUAAACUUAUUAAUUUGCUGCUAAUUAAUAGUAAGAUAGUUGUUAAAAUUAGGUAUGGGAUAGGAUUAAAGGAUUUUUAAGUAGGGUCUUGCAGAAUAAGGCAUUAAUAUGCUUUAUAAAUACUAAUAAACAGCCAGUAUUCUAGUAAUAUACAUGCUAAUAAGCAACUAGUCAAGAGUGAGAAUUGGUCCCUAAACUAAAGUGUUACCAUGUCUGGGUGUUCAAAAAAAGUGGCUGUACCUACAGUACAUUUUUGCAAAAAGUAACAAAAAACAAGCAAAAAAAAACGUACUUACAUGCCGCAGUUUCUGAUUGAAACAGACACUACUGUCAGUGAAACACUAACAACGUCUAUUGUUUUUCACGCAAACCAGAGGCAUAUUACUGAAUAAUAAGGACUUUAGGACCGUUAUGACUGCAAAACACUUUUACCGUAGUGCAUGAUUUGUAAACAAAUACAUUUUGAUGUUUGCAUCACAUAAACUGCUCCAUAUGUAUGGCUUUUCUGAUGUAGUAAACUUGCUCAGUAGCGCACCUGGUACAGCACUGCAUUUGUCAUGCGGCAGGCUCAGGGUGAAAGACAGUAAUAGACGCAAGCUGAAAUGACAGUUGCUUCAGUAAGUGCGUCAUCAUCUCACGUUUGCCUUUGGUAACACUAUCAUUUACGUUUAGGAUAUAAGGUUUAGUGUAGGCGGUACAUUAUUUAUUACUAAGUUUACUAAGCCACUAAGUUCAUUUCAUUUCCAAACUGCCGCAAUUUGAAGAACAGUCCAAGAUUUAUGUUCAUCUGUUUUAGAUAAAACUCCCAGUGAAAAUUCAUUUUAAACGUGUCAUAAAACAAGGACUAGCACAUAAUUUUGCAGAAAUCGUCGCCACAGGUACAUUUUUUUCCAAUAAGCCUGGGUUGCUAAUGUUGGUUACCAUUCAUAUUGUGUAACUUGAC